AUGACAGAUAUUCAUCAAGGAGCUGGUCAAAUUGCUUGUCAUGCCACAUAUGAAGAGGUGCUUGGAGGGCACGUCUCACCUUCAAAACCAUAUUCAGAGGCCCGGCCAAGGGAGGACAAAUCAGCAGCUGGCAUUCCCAGUGCAACAGCUCAUCUCUCUGACCCCUGCUACAACUACACUGUACUGGACCAUCCAUGGAGAGCCAUAAAUAAUACAGAUCCUUCAGCCAUAAAGUGUGACCAGUCUGUCACCUGGAGCGGCUGGUAUCGUCUCUUCAUUAACAACAUGAGCGCUCAGAUCCCAGACACAUGUGUUGCACGGAGUAGCUGUGGCACUACUGUCCCACUGUGGAUUCGUGGUGGACACCCAACAGUACAGGAUGGAGUCGUCAAUCGAGAUGUCUGUGGUCACUUUGACAAUUACUGCUGCCAUAUCGGGUCUUUUCCCAUUAAAGUCAAAGCCUGUCCAAGCAAUUAUUAUGUCUAUGAGUUGGUUAGUCCAACUACCUGCAAUUUAGCAUACUGUGCAGAUGUUAGCAGCUUUAACAGCAGCUCUACAGCCGUCACACCAGUGACCAUCUCAACUGCUUAUCCCUCUGUUGACCCCUGCUACAACUACACUGUGCUGGACGAACCAUGGAGAGCCAACAGCAGUCAGCCAUCAAACUCCUUCAAGUGUGACAGAGAUCUCACCUGGAGCGGCUGGUAUCGUCUCUUCAUUAACAACAUGAGCGCUCAGAUCCCAGACACAUGUGUGGACAUCUAUAGCUGUGGCACCAAUAUCGCACUGUGGAUUCAUGGUGGACACCCAGCAGUUACAGAUGGAGUCGUCACUCGAGAUGUCUGCGGUCACUGGAGCAAUUACUGCUGCUAUUACGGGUCUUACCCCAUUAAAGUCAAAGCCUGUCCAGGCAAUUACUAUGUCUAUGAGCUGGUUAGACCAACUAAAUGCUCUGCAUACUGUGCAGCUGUUACAAACAUCAGCAGCACUCAUACAACAGUCACACCAGAGACGAGCCCAGCUGUUAUAAAUAUAACGCUGCCGGAAGGAUGCACUAUACAGACUUCUCUAGAAUGUCUUCAAAAUCUUCUUGAGCUGAUUGAGAACAUUACAGCUCAAGAGCUUCCUGUGAAUACUGUGAUGAGAAUUUUGAAAAUGGUCCUCAAUGCUGUGGAGAAGAUUCUAGAGUCAUCAUCAUCAGCAAGCCCAGCUGAACUAGCCUCCUAUGGAAACCGUGUGUUAAAAGCCAGUGAGAAACUCAUCUCUACAUUAGUGAAGCCGACAGACACAAAUGACAGUGUCAGUUUUACUCUUGCUGCUGUGGAGGUAGAAGUCUUCAUGGUUGGACCAAAUGUCACCUUAGAUAAAAUACCUCAACUUGAAACAACAACUUCCUCUGUGGACAUCGAUCUCAUUGGAAUCGCCAAGAACAACAUUGAAACAACUGCUGUGGCUUUCAUGAGCUACAACACGAUGGAGAAUCUACUGAAGCCAGACUUCUUCAACACAUCAAACACGAUUAAAACCAUGAUGUCCACUGUGAUCUCAGCUACUCUUCCCAAAACCACCAACACUAAACUCACCAAACCAGUCAACUUCACCCUGAAACACAUCAGAGAGUUUGAUCCCAGCGGUUCUCUGUCCUGUGUGUACUGGAAUAUCAGCGAGUGGAUUGUAGAUGGUUGUUCUGUUUUAGAGACCAACAGCAGCUACACUGUGUGUUCCUGUGAUCAUCUGUCGACAUUCGCUCUCAUCAUGCAAACCAGCCGCCCACCAGAGAACGACCCACUGAUGGAGCUGUUGAAUUUGGUGUGUGCGAUCGUGGGGCUGGUGUUCUUCAGUUUGGCCCUGUUGACCUUUGCCCUUUGUCAGUGGAGUCCUGGAGUGAAUAAUGUGGCUCGAAUCAACAUCUGCAUCAGUCUUCUGCUGGCUCACCUUCUGUUCCUGCUCACACAGCAGUUCCUGAGCUUCAUACGGCCUCAGCAGGUGUUGUGUGCCGUGAUCUCAGGCCUUCUGCACUUCCUCUUUCUCUCCGGCUUUGUGUGGAUGUUCAUUGAAGCUGUGCUGCUCUUCAUCUGUGUGAAGAACCUAUCACAGAUCAGCUCCAAAAAGAGGGAGGUGCUUAGCAGUGGAUUCCUGUGUGUGAUUGGAUAUCUGGUUGCUCUGGUUGUGGUGUGUGUGUCUGUCGGUCUGGUUCCUGACGGCUACGGCAGCGAACACUGCUGGAUUAAGAUGGAUAAAGGCUUCAUCUGGAGUUUUCUGGGACCUGUUUGCAUCAUACUAGCAUUAAACAUGAUUCUCUUUAUCUGCAUCAUCAUCAGUCUGAACUCAUCUCUCACAAAACUGAACGCUGAUGUUUCGCAGUUGAAAAAAAACAAGAUUAUGGUGUUUAAAACACUGGGUCAGUGUGUGGUUCUUGGUUGCUCCUGGAUUCUGGGUUUCUUCACUAAUGGCAGUAAGGUGCUGGAGAUCCUCUUCCUGAUCUUGAACUCCCAGCAGGGAACCUUCAUCUUCCUGAUCUACUGUGUCCUCAAUAAUGAGGUCAGGGAGCAGUACAGGAAGUUCUUCAGAUGUCUUUGCUGUGCCAAACACCACUGAGGACAUCAGCAUCAUGUUCAGAAAAUGAGUGAAGUGCCAUUAUUAUAAAAGUGAUUCUAUCAUUAUUUAGAUGUUAUAUUAGUCUCAACUAAAAAUUUCACAGCUUUUUUUUUUCUUUUUACAAAUGUCAGUUCUCUGAUAUAAACCUAUACAAUUA